AUGCCACAUUACAGUAAGUAUCCUUUUCACAAUUUCAUUUUCAUCAGCACAUCGACGCAUGAGGCACAUUUUGCAUCAGGGAAGUGUUUAUGGGAUGGAUUCAGCGAUUCAAAAGUAGGCGAUUCAAAAAUUUUUCUUCAACCAUUUGACAUCUUAAAGUUGUAAAACAAAACGAGACUUAUUCUGUCAUACGUUUUUGAUGUUUUGUUCCCGGUUCCCAGACGCCGCCGAAGAGAGUAUGAAGCCAAACAUCUAGCUCGCUCUCAACUUGAAUUAGAUACAUAGGCGACAUCUGUCACGCAGAAGAAACGAGCGGAAUUAAGCAGCCCUACAUAGUCAAAAACGAAAGCAGUCAAAAAUAUAAGUGGCAGCAGCGCUGCUAGGCCGUCCUGGGGAAGACAUGCGCGCCACCUGUUUGAAAGGGGCCCCGCGGCCUAUCUUCAAACCGAGGCGGAUACACCGCCGGACGUAGUUGCUUCUGCUAGGUGGCGGCGGGCAGGGUUUUGGGCCUGCGCUCAUGAAAGACCUGGGCCCACCCCAGCAUGGCUUGAUCGCAUUGUUAUCAUGCGGGCCGCUUUGCCAGCAAACAAAACAACAAGCGCAGCCUGCGACUACUUUGUUGUCUCCACGAAGCCGCAAACCCCGGGCCGAAAUGCCUUGGGAUAGGAGCGCAAGCUCUAAACCCCACGGCCGCUACGGCGUCGGAGGGUAUGUGCCCACGGAAAGCCCCCAAAGAGGGGCAAUCUCGUGCGCUAUUGCACCGGCCGACGCCGUCGGGGCUCGAGCGCCAACCACGCGAAGGGGGGCCGCUUGAAGGUAAAUCACGAGUAUGGUUUGGGCGUUUCUGUGUGCUCCAUGUGGCUCGAGGAGGUGCAUGGGCGAGGCAAGCUAGGCGCGCAAAGGGUCGCGGGGGAUCGUGGCGGCCCCGGAGCUAACGGUCGAGCAGUUCGGGCUGUAGAGCGCCACUCCACAGGGGCGCGAAGGGCAUGGUGGUGAUGGUGGGGGCGCAGAAAUGUUGAAAAAAGGCGCCACAGCGCCGCGAUUCGGUGAAAAUGAAUUCGGUUUCGGUUCCCCGACCUGUAUCGGUGGUUUUCGUUCAUGGAGGGCCUCCAUCCGGACCUCUAUCUUGGGAACCAUCGAGAGCCGGUAUCACGACCUGACGCUCGAUCCAGAUAGAGGUCAUUUUGGACCGCUUUUUUCCCCAAAAAAGACCUCAUUUGAAUCGCUCCCUGCAAAAAUCCAGCUUUUGAGUACUGCCCGCUUGAUAGUUGCUCCAAAAAUACAUCUUUCCAGCAAUUUUGCUGCACUUUUUGGCUCUUUUGCAAUGGCGCAGCGCCUGAUGGGCAGCUGCAAUGCUUAAAGGCGGCGCCCCAUUUUGCUGCCGAAAAAAGCCGAACGUCUUGCCGAAGAGAAAUAACGAGAACGACAGGCCACCACCGCGGAAGCUAGCGGAGCUUUUUGAUUGAUGGCGAGGUUGGCAUACGCCUCCCGGACAUAUCCUUUUCACAAUCUCAUUUUCAUCAGCACAUCGACGCAUCAGGCACAUUUUGCAUCAGGGAAGUGUUAUUUGCUUUGUAUAAAAAAACUACGAGUAGAAAUUUCAAAAUUUUGCUAGAACGGGCAAUGUCGUCGUGUAUUAUGAAAUUUUUUUCCCCUGUAUCAGAGCAAACCAGCAUCACUCGCAGUCGAUUAAUAUGAGCUUGUAGUUUUCAACAUCAACGUUGUCACAGCGCUGUAUCCUUCAUCUGCAUGAAACAGGAAAUGACAAAGAGCAAAUGUCGCAAGAAGUAGUCGUGUAUUAUGCUUCAGUCAUUCUUUUUAUCGGAACCGUAAUCCUAAUUAUGUCAUCGUCAAAAAAUAUAUGCAAUACAUUAAAAACUCCGCGAAGUAAAAAUGUUUACUCCUUUUGGCUCCUUUGGCUACCCCUUCCCUGUACUAGACGCGUUUCAAAUGAAUCGUGGUUCCGUCAAUGUUAUUUCGGAUGAAAAAUGUUGGCACUAUAAGUAACGCCCACUGUACCUCCAAAACAUGACCUCAUCGGUCCGGCGGACCUUUGUUCGAAAAAAUCCUGGCAGUACUACAGCGCCCAU